CGCAUCUUCGCCUACCAAACACUAAUCCUUCACCUCCGCCCUCUCCAAUAAUGCCCCGGUGGUGAUGCACGCAUUCUCGCCCAUGGAUAAUUGACUAUCCGACCAACUCCGGGACGAGGUUUUCCAAUUGCCUGCCGAGUAUGGUUGAGCCGAAGCCACGCCAGCGAAAAUUUGCCCCACGCUCCCGGACAGGAUGCUUGACGUGCCGUGCCAGGCGAAAGCGCUGCGAUAAUCGGCGUCCGCAAUGCGAGAACUGCACGCGUCUGAACCUCUCCUGCGAAUGGCAGGCGCAGCGAAAACUGAUUCAGGAUGCAGAUUCGAAUUCCAGUUCGAGUCCCGAAGAAAUUGUCGAAAGUGUGCCGGACUCGCUGGGUUGCUGGGAUAUGCUUCCUGGCGAAGCUGGGGCUGAAAGACAGCACCUGCUGCAGUACUAUAUCGAAAAGUUCGUACCCAGUGUAUCAGUGGCGACAACACCGACCAGUUUCUACACAUCGCUGUAUAUGCCGUGGGCCUUUCAAAUUGAUGGCAUGCUGGAUGCCAUUCUUGCUUUGUCAUCAGCUCAGCUCGCACGGCGCACUGACGAUAAGGAUCGUGAGGCGCAUCUUCGAGCGGUGUCUCUGCGACAUCAAAGGAAAUGCAGCGGAUUCAUCAAAGAGCGUCUGUCACCAACGGGUCAACCUCUGCGGGACACUUACCAGGUCGUUGCCAUCAUCCUGCUAUUGGUGGGGCUGGAAGCACUCAAGGGCAACAAGAGUACGACAUGGAUUCAGCAGCUCAAGUGUGUGCGCAAGAUUCUGGACACAUUGUCUCCAGAGCAAAGUAUUGUCGAUUGUAUCGAGGUUGACUCGUUGCAUCGGCACUUCACGUACCACUACGCAAUGGCAUCGGUCAUGUCUCAAGUGUCAGCGUCAGCAACUACUUCGGCGCCCGCUCUUGAGCGUGAUUUGUUGCCCAUGCUCAACGUCGCCAUGCCGUUGACCAUUGACCCCUUGAUGGGUAUCUCAUAUCAGCUUUGCGACCUUAUCAGCAAGAUUCAAUACGUUGUCAACCCGGAUCCAGCAUUCCCACAACUUACGGAAGCAACGUUCAAUGCGAUCGAAAACGGCAUCCAGACCUGGACAUACGAGAGCCCGUUCUCUUCUGGGGUCGACCUUCCAGUCGCACUUGAUCUGAUUGCGCUGGCUGAAUCGUAUCGUCUGUCUGCACUGAUCCAGCUGUAUCGCAACUCGAAAGCACACGCAUCGCUUGUGCCAGGAUGUGCUGCCCGCGCAAUGGAGUUCAUCAUGAGGAUACCCUCCGGUAGUCCUGCAGAGUCGAGUCUACUAUACCCCAUCUUCAUGGCCGGCGCCGAGCUGGACAGUGAGGUGGCUAUCGACCGUUUGACAAAGAGGCUGAAGGACAUUUCCGACCGCAACCGGUACGAGAAUAUUGAUAGUGUUCAAAAAGUGCUCAAGGAGGUCUGGCGGCCGAAGCUGGAAGGCGGGACACGAAGAUGUUGGGAAGAUGUGCUGCGAGAAUGGGAGUGGUCUUUCACCCUUGGAUGAGAACUGGAUCUUCGAGACGACACGGCAGACAACGCUUUCGAAUCCGGUGCAGGAUGUGGCGCUGAGAUUAGAACAAUCCGCAGUCAGUCUUUCAGCUCCACAUCAACCGUGGGUCGG